UGAGCGCAUUGGUUGCCACGGCAACGGCGUAAUAGCUCAACUGAAGCGCUGUCACGGUGAUUUAGAACCAACCCGUCUCUCUUGCAGCCUCCGGUCUGGGCGACCCCACCUCCUUGCCGUCGUCAUGGCAACUGAUGAGCAGCAUGUGAUGGAAAGCUUUGGGCUCCCCCCACUCAACCUCCCCAUCUUGUGACCAUUGCCACGCCCUCUUCUGGGCCCCCCUGUGGACAGGCACUGACCCCAGCUUGGGCUGUAAUGGGGAGGCUAGAGUAAUCCCGCAGACCCCCUCCCAUAGAUGGGGGUCAGAUGGACUGUAAGGACCAGGGCAGCCGCCCCUCCCCCUGGCCCCGGAGGUCUUGGAGAUGACCUGGCGCCCCUCAGAGCCCCUCAAGGCUGUGGCCCCGACACGGGCUGUUUCUGCCGCCACCGUCCAGGGGAAGCCAUUUAGUCUUCCGCAGCCUUGGGUUUGUGCUUUGUAGCUUCAGGAAUUCCUGAGCUGGCUAGAGAAAAAUCAAGAGAGAGGCUCCUGGAAGGGGUCAAGGCGACAAAAACAGCCUAUUUCAGAAAGUCCUAGAGCAGGUGGUUCGUGUGGAUCUUUUCCUUUCUGCUUCUGUGCGGAAAUCUCUCUCCCUCUCUCUCUGAAUCCAUCUUUCCACCUCACGCGGGCUCUCUCCCUUUCCUCCUCCUCACCUUCUCAUCCCUCUCCUCUAAGCGCUUGCUAGGAGCCAGCUGAGCGCAUCCUUUUCCAAAGCUGCUUUGCUUCGCAGGCUCCCUGUUCCCCCUCCAGUAUCUGAGCCAAUGUUCUGGGGACAGCCUGGGAGUCUAGAGCAUCCUCCCAAGGGGGGAUCUGUUACCCGGCGGCGCCUCUUAGGAUGAACCAGCUGACCGCGUCCCUGAAACUCUGCAGGAUGGCAUAGAGGAGGCAUUGUAAGCAGGCAAGAGCUGGGCUUGCUGCAGGACCCUGACGACCGGGCACUGGCCGGAGCGUGUGACAGGGGUCUCUGUUCCCAGCGGAGGGGACCAUGGCCUCCAUGUUGCUCAGCCAGCGGCUGGUCUGCAGCUUCCAGCACAACUACCGCCUGUUGGUGCCGGGGUCCAGACACAUCAGUCAGGCUGCAGCCAAAGUUGACAUUGAAUUUGACUAUGACGGACCUUUGAUGAAGACGGAAGUCCCAGGGCCUAGAUCUCGGGAGCUAAUGAAACAAUUGAAUAUAAUUCAGAAUGCAGAGGCUGUGCACUUUUUCUGCAAUUAUGAAGAGAGUCGAGGCAAUUACCUGGUGGAUGUGGACGGCAACCGGAUGUUGGAUCUUUAUUCCCAGAUCUCCUCUGUCCCUAUAGGUUACAACCAUCCUGCUCUCAUGAAACUCGUCCAACAGCCUCAGAAUAUGAGCACGUUCAUCAACAGACCUGCCUUGGGAAUCCUUCCUCCGGAGAACUUUGUGGAGAAGCUCCGAGAGUCCCUGCUCUCGGUGGCUCCCAAAGGGAUGUCCCAGCUCAUCACGAUGGCCUGCGGCUCCUGCUCCAACGAGAACGCCUUCAAGACCAUCUUCAUGUGGUACCGGGGCAAGGAAAGAGGCCAGUCAAGUUUCUCCAAAGAGGAGCUGGAGACGUGCAUGGUCAACCAGGCCCCCGGGUGCCCCGACUACAGCAUUCUCUCCUUCAUGGGUGCUUUCCACGGGAGGACCAUGGGUUGCUUAGCAACCACGCACUCCAAAGCCAUUCACAAGAUCGACAUCCCCUCUUUCGACUGGCCCAUCGCACCGUUCCCACGGCUGAAAUAUCCUCUGGAAGAGUUUGUGAAAGAGAACCAACAAGAAGAGGCCCGCUGUCUAGAAGAGGUGGAGGACCUGAUCGUGAAAUACCGGAAGAAGAAGCGGACGGUGGCUGGCAUCAUUGUGGAACCCAUCCAGUCUGAGGGCGGAGACAACCACGCAUCGGACGACUUCUUCCGGAAGCUGAGAGACAUCUCCAGGAAGCACGGCUGUGCCUUCUUGGUGGAUGAGGUCCAGACUGGAGGAGGCUGCACUGGCAAGUUCUGGGCCCACGAGCACUGGGGCUUGGAUGACCCGGCGGACGUGAUGACCUUCAGCAAGAAGAUGAUGACCGGGGGCUUCUUCCACAAGGAGGAGUUGAGGCCCAACGCUCCUUACCGGAUCUUCAACACGUGGCUGGGGGACCCGUCCAAGAACCUGCUGCUGGCCGAGGUCAUCAACGUCAUCAAGCGAGAGGACCUGCUGAACAACGCAGCCCACGCUGGGAAGGUCCUGCUCACGGGGCUGCUCGACCUCCAGGCCCGGUUCCCCCAGCUUAUCAGCAGAGUCAGAGGGCGAGGCACCUUCUGCUCCUUCGACACUCCAGAUGAAUCCGUGCGGAAUAAACUCAUUUCAAUAGCCAGAAACAAAGGCCUGAUGCUGGGGGGCUGUGGCGACAAGUCCGUCCGCUUCCGCCCCACUCUGGUCUUCCGAGAUCACCACGCCCACCUGUUCCUCAACAUCUUUAGUGACAUCCUGGCCGACUUCAAGUAAAGAAGCCCUCUCCUCCGUGCUCUGAGGACGGCCCGACCUCAACCGUUGUCCAAUUGAUUAGUUCGCCUAAUUCAUGUUUUCACUCAAAGUUUCAGAGGUGAA